GCGUCAUGACGCAACAUAGACGCGCCGGAUAACAGUUUGUCAUCAUUGUGUCCACAUUAGCUCCGGUUUAUAGCCACAGUCCUGUUACUGUGAUUAGCAUUUUUGAACAACAUUAUUUGUCCCAUCAUUCUAAACAAAAAAGCGGCUGAUGCAAAGCUGCAGUGCUUAAGAAAUGAACAGUCGAUUGCAAGAGAUACGCAAAAAGCAGAAGCUUAGGCGACAGCUUUUGGCUCAACAGCUGGGAGCUGAAAGCGCUGAUAGUAUUGGCGCUGUGCUGAACAGUAAAGAUGAACUGAAGGAGAUCGAGGAGACCCGAGAGAUUUCACGGGCAUCCCUGGACACAUCGGUCCCGCCUUCCAAACGCAAAGCCACAGGGGAGGGAGAUGACACAGAAGAAGACAUCGACAUAGUCAUCAAGGAAGAGGUGGAGUUGCAGCCGCCAGAAGAAAACAACCCAUACGAGGAGGUCUACAAGGACUCAAGUACUUUCCUGAAGGGUACACAGAGUCUUAACCCACACAAUGACUAUUGCCAGCACUUUGUGGAUACCGGCCAUCGGCCACAGAACUUCAUCAGAGAUGUUGGUCUGGCUGACCGAUUUGAGGAGUAUCCCAAACUGCGAGAGCUUAUCAGACUGAAGGAUGAACUCAUCUCCACUACCAACACUCCCCCCAUGUACCUACAGGCGGACCCGGAGCACUUCGACCUGCGAGACCUGAAGUGUAAGUUUGACGUGAUCCUGCUGGAGCCACCCUUGGAGGAGUACUACAGGGAGUCGGGCAUCAGCCACACAGAGCGCUUUUGGAACUGGGAUGACAUAAUGAAGCUGGAGAUUGAGGAGAUAUCUGCCCUGCGCUCCUUCGUCUUCCUCUGGUGUGGUUCUGGAGAAGGCUUGGAUCUCGGCAGGAUGUGUUUGAGGAAGUGGGGCUUCAGACGAUGUGAGGAUAUUUGCUGGAUCAAGACCAACAAGAACAACCCUGGCAAGACCAAGACCCUUGACCCCAAGGCUGUGUUCCAAAGGACCAAGGAACACUGUCUGAUGGGGAUCAAAGGCACGGUCCGACGCAGUACCGACGGGGACUUCAUCCACGCCAACGUGGACAUCGACCUGAUCAUCACGGAGGAGCCGGAGAUGGGCAAUGUGGAGAAGCCCGUGGAGAUCUUCCACAUCAUCGAGCACUUCUGCCUGGGCCGACGGAGGCUCCACCUGUUCGGCAGGGACUCAACCAUCAGGCCUGGCUGGCUGACUGUAGGGCCCACACUGACCAACAGUAACUUCAACGCCGAGGCGUACGCGUCUCACUUCACCGUGCCCAACAUGCACCUCUCGGGCUGCACGGAGGACAUCGAGCGGCUGCGGCCCAAGUCUCCGCAGGCCAAGCUCAAGUCGGACCGAGGCGGAGGGGCCCCGAGGGGGGGCCGCGGGGGGCCUAACGCAGGGCGCGGCGGGGACCGGGGCCGAGAGAGGAACAGACCCAACUUCCGGGGAGACAGGGGAGGAGGAGGGGGGUUCAGGGGCCGGGGGGGGCCACACCGGGGCUUCCCACCUCGUUAGGGCCCUGGCCUCGUUUAGCGUUGUGUGGUUGUCCUACUAACAUGUGAUUCUUUUUUCUUUUUUUUUUUCUUUUUUUUUACAUGGGUCACUCUGUGCAAGUUAAUUUUUUUUUUUAUGUAUGUUUAUACACAAACACGCAAAAUGUUUUAUGUGAUCACUUAUGAAUAAAUUCACAAUUCCUUCUUUUUCUGCACA